AUGACCUGGGUGGAUUAUUUACAAACAAUCUUAAUGUUGCCUCGACAUUCUGUACACUCGUUAUGGUUUAUGGACUAUACUAUAAUUGGAGUAAUUGUAUCGAUGUUUGUUCUGGGUACAAUCUUCCUCGUCAUUGGUCACAUCUCCUCAGAACCCACCAGUCGUAGAGUCUUCAGCUCCUCUAGCAAAAAUAGAUGUGCCCGAGGGUUGAAUAUGGGGUUCCUAUCGUUCGUGUAUAUUCUAACAGUGUGUUGGAUAUUCGCUACAGCUGUGUUAUUUGUACCCCUGGUAUUACUAGGGCUACUGUAUUAUAUCACAGAUUACGAGGGUCUGACCUCUAUUGAUCUGAAAUACUACGGUUUUGAAGCUAAAGAGUUGUCUGGUGAGGCUUUAACAACUUUUGUUACAGAGGCAAAAGAUGUGUUGAUAUGUUAUGGAUGUGCUUAUAUUUCAUCUGUUCUAGUUGCCAUCAGCUUGAUACAUUUCCUAAUCUCCAUGACAGCCAACAUAACACAUCUUACCGACAACCGAUUUGCAGCGCUCAACGCCUACGAGCCCCCCGGAGAAGAGAUGCGUAAUUCCAAACAUUCAAACCUGGAUACGAAUAUGUAAUGACAGACGUCGGAAAUAUUAUGUGCAAUAUCCAGUGGUAUUUAUUAAAAUUUAAAUAACCACAGAAAGAACCAAGUUGCCAGUGUAUAUAUUUUCAAAAAAGACCAAAUUUCAUGCAUGCGCCAUUUUUCAUCUAACAUCAAAAUAAUGGAAUUUAGCAGAAAUGGAUCAAUAUUUUUAAGGAGUAUCAUUUUACUAUCGUUUCCAUGGAUACUUAUAUAUACACAGGAUUAUCAUCAUUUUAAUAAUUUAGUGUAUAAGGUUUUUUUAAAAUCGCGAAAAAAACCUUUUUAGAUUUUUGCUUCAAUAACUGUUUUUCAGUUUUAUAAUUUUUGAAUUAUUCGUGCUUUGCGCCUAGUGUAACGAGGAGGCUUACUGCUGUAGUGUUUUGUGUGACCAGUGACGGGCAGCAGACGAUGUUGUUUUUUAAAUUGGCAUGUGACUUGUGUGUCUGAUGCACCACAUUAUGAAGCUCUGAUGCACCACAUUAUGAAGCUCUGAUGCACCACAUUAUGAAGCUCUGAUGCACCACAUUAUGAAGCUCUGAUGCACCAUGUGACAAAUAUUUUUAAAUUGCGCCACAAAAUUUUCAACUACACUGAUUGUAUUGCUCAAAUAUUAUGGAUGAUGGUAGUAGAAGUCAAAACACAGAACCUGGCUCUUUGAACUUCAAAACAUUGACAGCGGCCAUUUUGGAUACAUGUUUCUUUUGAUCUUUGUAACCCUCUGAAAUCAAAUGUUAUAGAUUCUGGUAGAAGAGCACUAACACCAGUAAUGUGAAUAGCAUGGAUCAAUUUGGAUUAUGUUUUAAAAAUACUCAUCAGUUUGCAGAACGGAGAAUUAAGUAUGGCUUCAGGAAUAUGAGCAAAAAAAACCAGACUGAUUUAAGUGAAAGAAUGUACAUUUGAACAUUUUUCUUAGAAAUAUUGGGGGAUUCUAUUCAAGUGUCAUUUAUUUGAUCCAAAUCCCGAUUUAAAAUUUCAAGUUUGAAGAGUUAGGUUCUUUCUGUUGAUUAAUGACAUAAAACUUCAAAAGUUAAAAAAAAAAUGAUGAAAUAAUUUGUUAAAUCGUGGUAAUGAAACUCAAAACUUUGGUGUCAAGAAAUUUGAAGAUGAGAGAAGUUUAAACAUCAGUGAUGAAGGUAUUCCUUUCUUUCAAAUCUGGUCCCAUAUUUCAACAAAUAUCCUAACAACAGAUCUUUAUUCUGAAACAAAAAACAAUUAGGCUUACCUAUUUAAAAACAAAAAAAUAUCUUUAUAUGGUCAUUUCACAAAUCUUCAAAUUUCCUGACCUAUCUUUGACAGUUUCACGCCCCCAAAAAAAGAAAUGCAUAUAAUUUGUAUGAUUAUUAAUUGAUGAAUAUUCAUUAGAUAUAAUUGUUACACAGUACUUGAAGAUAAUACUCUAUAUUUUAUGUAUUUCUACUUUCGCUUUCUCCAAGAUGUUGGUAGAGACAUCUCAACUAAGACUGUCAUAACGUAAUGAUUAGGGUGUAUCUAGAAUCUAGAUUUGUUAUCUUUUAAAUUAUGUUCAUGGACAUUAAUCUUGAAAUCUUAACUUAAAUAAAAUCAAGGUUUUACGAAAUACAGUAUUUUGAUUGGUUAAUUAGGCUACAUAUAAACCCCAAUCUGACCAAUCAGAUAAAGAGAAUGAUGAUCGUAAGUUUAGGUUUUGUAAAUUAUGGUCUCAGUUAUUUAUUAUCUAACUACAUAUUGUAUUUAGAAGUUAUUCAGUGAAAACACUCUAGUAUGAUAGAUUGGUUUUAAGAUUUUGUUUUAAUUAUUCUAUUAGAAGCGAUACCUCUAUACUCUUUAAAAAUUACUGGCUCAAUAGUAUUAUUCAAAUAUUAUUCUUUGCAUGGUAGAAAUAGCAAAUAUUUAGCUUUUGCAUAAUUAUUAUAGAUUGCUCAAACAAUUGUAAAAUUAAGUAGAAAAAUAGCAAUAAUAUUUACAAGAUCGGAUAUUCAUCUUAAUAUUUGUUUUACCAGCUGAUAGAACUUAGUUUUUAUUUUGUGUACAAUAUCAGAAUGUCUUUUUGAAAGGUGAUACAGUUAUCUAUGUAUUCUAUAAGCUGGUCAAGUCAUUUAUAAGAGGAAUUUACAUAAUUUCAGCAACUGGUGUUCUUCAUAUCUUAAUUUUUCAAUAGAAAUUCAUAAAUUAAUAAACGAGCAAAAUCUUUAUAUUGAGUUGGAAGAAAAAUAAUUUUGCAUCUUGUUCAUUUUGUAAAUUUAUUUUCAUUCUGUAUAAUUCAUUUCAUUUCAUUUUUCUAGUCCAGUUUUCAGUUUAUGUAUAUUUCUACUGUAUUUAUCUCAUGGGAGGAAUUAAAGAGAAGGCUAUGCUUUCAUUUUUGACCUCAUGAAUAUUCAUGUAGCUCAGAAUUUUAAAACAUCACAAUCUCAACAAUUCGGGGUGUUUCAGUUCUACUGUAUUUAUGAAAUUGAAUUAUGGGAGGUUUUUAUUUAUAGGUAUAUUAAUAGUUAGUAUAUAGUGAACUAUAAUUACUAUUGAAAGAUUUUAUUUUUAAUUUAAUGACAUUAACAAUCUCAAUAUUAAUUUUCUGGUUUCUGGAAUCUGAAAGAGUCACCACACAUUACAAUACCAAUAUUUUCCUUCGCAUUAUCUUCAGAUAUAUUUAGCUCAAUUUCAAAUCUAAGUUAUUUUAUAUAAUAUAUUAAUCAAUAUUAUUAUUAUUAUUAUUAUUAUUAUUUCUUGCCGUAGUCAAUAUUAUUCACUUUCAAACUUCUGUGAUUCUAAAAACACCUGACACCAUUCUGUGAUUUAAUUAGUCAUCUCAGCUUCUUUCCGUGAGUUUUGUGAUGUUGUCAGAGAAUAGCAACAUUUUUUUUCAGGUUUAUCUCCAGAAGGGCACUUCACAAAAUCAAAUGCACAUGUUGUUCAGUGCACAUGCACCAAAGUUGAUUUAAAAAAAGAAAACAUUGUUUUUGAUACAAAAAUGGCAGAUAUUUUGUUAUGAGAUUGCAAAGCCUUAAAAUUUUAGCAAAAAAGGGCCAAAAAUAUAUUUUUAAAAAUUAAAAAUUUCAAACUAUUAAAACAUUAAUGAACAGAAUUUCAUGUAGAAAUAUUUUAUGCUAGAGCAACUUAAACACAUGCAUCACAGGAAGUCAAAAAUGUGGAUAAACAGAUACAUGUAGCAUACGUGGCUGAAUACAUGGCGGAAUACAUGGUCUAAAGCUUGCAUGUGGUUUGGAAUAGACAAUCUAUGGAAGAAUUUAAAGUGACUCAGUGAAAAGGUUGUAGUGUCAAUCAUGACCAUGUUGAAAAAUUCUCAUUGCGAUUCUAAUAUUAAGGUAGAUCAUGUAAAUAAUUUAGAUACGGUAGUUAAAAAGGCGAUAUGACAUCAUUUUGUACGAUAUUGGACCAUCCCUGUAUAUAAUAUACUUCACAUGUUGGGUAUUUUCAGGAUUUUUGACAGGAUCUUGUCGUUGUUUGCUUGGUCGAUUUUUGGCAGUUAAAAAUUGUGGUUUUGCUAAUUACAAUAGUGGUUAUGUGUGGAAUUCAAGAGAGUUUAUCAUUAAGAUGAAAGAAAUUUCUUUCUCCGAUGUCGUAAAUGUAACGCCAUUAUUAAACAUCACCUACACAUAAAACAGCAAAACAACAUCGUCCAAUUUCAAAAUUUGCAACAAAUAAAUGUCCUGAACAUAGCAAAAGCAAACUAAGAAAGAUCUAAAAAUUCUAGAAAUAUGCAACAAUGAGGAAAUCUUGUUUUUUCUAAUAAUUAUUAUUAUUAUUAUUAAUCUUGUUAUUGUUUAUAAUACUAUAGUCUAGUUGUAGUCUGUUUGGAUGAGUUCGAAUUUGACAAGUUUUCAUCAAGAAGUCAAAAUGCUCCACCAGAUAUUCAUCCCUUAUUCAAAUGGUAAUGCAUACACUCUUGUACAACCUUACAAUCAUGGUAAUAUAGCUGGGUAUUAUAAAUUUUUACCAUUGGCUCAAACUUGGCUGCAAGGUAGAAAACUUCUCAAAUGUGAACCCAUCCUCAUGUUUCAGAUUCUGCCAUGAUAAGAUUUGACAGGAUGAGAAAUAUCAGACCAAGUUUAGUCGUGUUUUGUGUACAGCUUGUUUUCUUGUUACUGUUUCCGUCAACUUGUAUAUAUUUUAAAUAUUGAUGAUAUAACUUUCAUUAGCUUCAUUAGGCGACUCUUUAUUCUUUUCAUCUUUGCUACAAACUCUGGGGAUAGGUUUGCAUGUGGGGUGUUUCAGCACCUAAGAAUAAGUAGGAUUAUCAAUCAAUGGCACAAGCAAUUCGUUUGGGUAAACACCCCAUUAAAAUCAAAUUUGUAUGAAUAAGCUAUCGUCAUUUAUAACCAAAACGGGGUGCGUAUUAUCCACGAUUACGUUUUAUACUCGGAUAAAUACGGUAUGUGGGCGUUUCCUUAAUAAAGAAAAC